GGGAAUCUGAUUGUUGUCCGAUAUCGAAGUUGCGAUUGUUUGGUCCCAACUCUGCCGGUUGAGGGUCCUCAGGAGGGACUCAACGCUCACUGUACACAACAACUGCCUCUUGUCUUCUUUGUCAAUUGAUAUCUUACUUGCACAUAUAACCCAAAUCUCUAUUCCAAGCCGUUAUUGCACCUACCGCGACACCUCGGCUUUCAAGAUGGACGCUAUCAUCGAACUGUCUGACGUCGACAAGGCGCUUGAUCUUUCGCGCAUUCGCUACCAGCUAAUCCGUCUAGAGGACACCAUCAUAUUCCAUUUGAUCGAGCGUGUUCAAUUCCCCCUCAAUAAGAACAUUUACAUCCCUGGCGCCGUCCCGCUCCCCGACACCGACCUCAGCUUGAUGGACUGGUACUUGUGGCAGCAGGAGCGUCUCCAGUCCCUCAUGCGUCGCUACGAGUCACCCGACGAAUACCCUUUCUUCCCCGACGCCGUGCAGAAGCCCAUCCUCGAGUCGAUCGACUACCCCCAGAUCCUCCACCCCAACAACGUCAAUGUGAACGAUCAGAUCAAAGAGUUCUAUACGCAAAAGUUCCUUCCCAGCGUGUGCCCCGACUUUGGCCGUGAGGAUCGUGGUGUCAACAAGGAGAACUACGGUUCCUCUGCUACCUGCGAUAUCGCCUGCCUGCAGGCCAUCUCCCGGCGCAUUCACUUUGGCAAAUUUGUCGCCGAAUCCAAGUUCCAGUCUGAGACGGAAAAGUUCACAAAGUACAUCCAGGCCGGUGAUCGCGAAGCCAUUGGAGAGGCUAUCACCAACCAGGCUGUUGAGAAGAAGGUGCUGGAGAGAUUGAAGCUUAAGGCGGAAACCUACGGUACCGACCCGUCAAUAGGCGCCUCCGAGGCGGAGAGCCAGCGCAAGAUUAACGUCGAGGCCGUCGUCGCUAUGUACGAGGAGUUCGUGAUUCCUCUUACCAAGGUGGUGGAGGUUGAGUAUCUCAUGCAGAGACUGGAGCCGGCGCCCGCCCAAUAGCCAUGAUGCAAGUAACCGGCACCUAAUUAAAACAACAACAAAAUCCACAGCACUGCAGGCAGGAACUGACGAUGCGUUGAAAUUUCCCGUUCACGUUCCCCCAUUUCUCGGUGCUUCAUAAUUCUCGCAAUCCAUUAUGGUAAAUUAGUUGGCCGCGCCAAUGCAAUCCCCGAUAGCUUUGACAGCCUGCUUGAACCUGCCCGCCUCAAUAAGCAUCAUG